AUGAAGUUCUUUAAUAACGAUCUGCUUGCUUCAAGCACCCUGCUUCUUGCCACUCUCGGCGGUGCCUCAGCUCAAUGUUCCAUCCCCACCAGCUACCGAUGGACUUCGAGUGGCCCUCUUGCUGAGCCUCAGAAUGGUUGGGUUAGCCUCAAGGACUUUACCGUCGCGCCUUACAACGGUCAGCAGUUAAUCUAUGCCACUGCCUAUGGAAAUGGCUGGAAGUCUAUGGGCUUUAGCCCUGUCUCGGAUCUCAGUAACCUAGGCUCUGCUACACAGACUCUUCAGCCCGGUACAGCUGUGGCCCCAACUCUAUUCUAUUUCAGGCCUAAGGAUAUCUGGGUCUUGGCCCACCAAUGGGGCCCUACCAAGUUCUCAUACAGGACUUCAAACAACCCAACCAGCGUCAACAGUUGGUCGCAGCCUCAGCCUCUAUUCACGGGCGAAAUCGCCAAUGCCCCAUUUGGUCCAAUCGAUCAAACUGUCAUCGGCGAUAGCAGAAAUAUGUACUUAUUCUUCUGUGGCGAUAAUGGCAGAAUCUAUCGCGCGUCCAUGCCUAUCGGCAACUUCCCUGGUAACUUUGGAUCGAACUCCCAGAUUAUCCUACAAGAUACUGAAGACAAUCUAUUCGAGGCGGUUCAGGUUUACACCGUUCAAGGACAGAAUAAAUACCUGAUGAUUGUCGAGGCUAAGGGUAGAAAUGGCCGGUUCUUCCGAUCUUUUACUGCGAACAGUCUUGAUGGCCAGUGGACUGUCAAUGCUGGCACCGAAAGCAACCCCUUUGCCGGCAAGGCAAACUCAGGCGCUACCUGGACCAACGAUAUUAGCCACGGCGAACUGCUCCGCAUUGCCAACGAUGAGACAUUCCCCAUUGACCCUUGUAACCUAAAGUUUCUGUACCAAGGACGCAACCCUAGUAUUAAUGUCGACUACAAUCUCCUGCCAUACCGCCCUGGUCUCCUAACACUCCAGCGAUAG